AUGGAUGGCGAACAAAUUAGAACGCUCGUCAGGAAACGAGCGUCCAUUAAAGGUACUCUAACUAAAAUUGAAAACAUGUUCAAAAACGAAGAGGAUUACAAGGAGUUCUCUAAACAAGCGUUAGUCCUAAAGGAAGAGCGUCUUCACGACACAUUCAAAAAGUACGAAGACUAUACUUUGGAGAUUUGCGCCAUAGAUCCCGACCUCGAUGAUGGCGAUGAUGUAGAAGAGCAGUACAGCAAAACGCUCACCGUCAUCAGAGAAUUAUUGGAAACAAUAAAUUGUGAAAAAAGUUGUAAAAACGAGUGUGUUACAAAAAGUUUCAAUACAAAGUUACCUACCAUAAAUGUACCAACGUACUCUGGUAAGUACUCCGAGUUCAAGCCAUUCAUACAACUCUUCGAUUCACUCAUACAUAACAAUCAAAAUUUAGAUGAUGUGCAAAAGUUUUUCUAUUUACGUAGUUUUCUGCGAGAGGAACCUCACGAUCUGGUCAAAAAUCUCACAUUGUCUACUGAGAGUUACCAUGAGGCCAGGAAAAUUCUAGUUGAUAGAUACGACAACAAAUAUAAAAUUACAAAUGAACAUAUACACAUUUUGUUAGAUAUUGUACCUAUAUGUAAAUCAACAGCGAGUAAUUUAAGAAACUUUGUAUCUAUUGUUAAGCAACAAUUAGCUGCCUUAAAAAACCUAGGUCACUCAGUUGAUCAAUGGGAUCCAAUAGUACUUUGCAUUCUGACUAGAAAGUUAGACUUAUUGUGCAGUAGGGAAUUCCAAUUGGCUCGAGUACGAGAUCCUACGGUUGCGCACCUUAUUAAUUUUCUAGAUAAGCGUGCACUUGCACUCGAGAAUGCUGUGCGGCCACCGGAGCGAUCCCAGCCAACUUCAAAGGUGGCUCACGUUGCAGCUGUGAAGAAAACGAAUCCAGACACAGGUGCUGCUGCGGAGACUGUAGGAACAAGAAGCUGCUUACUCUGUAAGUCCAACCACAAGCUUUUUACUUGUCCACAAUUUAAACUUAUGUCUGCGAGUGAUCGAAUCAAGUUUGCCACAUCUAACAAGCUAUGUGAGGUUUGUUUAAAUAAUCAUAGUAAAAAAUGCAGAUAUCACUUUAAAUGCAAUGUCUGCAAAGAAGGGCACAAUACAUUGCUCCACGAAGAUAAAGCAUCGUCUCCAGUAACAUUGAUGUCUGAGGCAGCCUCCGAGCAGGUACUAUUGCCUACAGCACAGGUAAAACUACUAGCGAGCAAUGGUACAGAGGUUCAUGUCAAGGCUCUUCUAGAUACUGGAUCACAGGCAUCUUUUGUGACUAGAGAACUUGCAAAUCUAUUAAAAUUACAAAUUGAUACAGCCAACACUCCAGUUAUUGGUAUAGGCAAUACCUUAAACAAAUUAAAGGAGAAGGUCCAUUUGGAAAUACAUUCCCUCACUCAGAAUUUUAAAAUAUCAGUCACAUGCUACUUAUUGGACAAAAUAACUUCAAAGUUACCACAAAGAAAGUUUGACUUGCAUAACAUAGUUUUACCUUCCAAAAUUAUGCUAGCUGACAAAAGGUUCAAUGAGCCAAGUGACAUACACAUUCUAUUAGGUGCUGACAUAUUUUUCCAGAUCUUGCUGCCGCCUGAGCCUGAGCUUCAAGCUCUUCCAUCCAGCUCGGAGGCACCUGAUGGUAGUGUCACACCUAAGGCUCCAUUACUAAAUACAAGACUUGGUUAUGUAAUUGCAGGUAACACACCUACACAACACACCGAACCAGUCAUUACUUUAUUUUGCAAAAAAUGUGACUCUGAUUUAAAUAAUUCUAUUGUUAAGUUUUGGAAGUGUGAAAGUGUUCCAGAGACCUUCCCAGAGGCACAUUCUGAAAAUGACUUGUGCGAAAAGAUAUUUUGUGACAAUGUCGAGCAAGAUACAAAAAAUAAUAAAAUACAAGUAAUCUUGCCACUAAAGUUACCAUUAGAUUCAAUCAAUCAAGCUUUAGGAGAUUCAUUAUAUUUAGCUUUAAAAAGAUUUCAUAACUUAGAACAUAGAUUUAAAAAAGAUUCUAAUCUUUUUAUGCUAUACAAGGAGUUCAUUCAUGAAUAUUUAAAGCAAAAACAUGGUACAUUAAUUGAUAUAAGUCAAUAUAACCUAUGCACUGACCCAGUGUGCUUUUUACCACACCACCCUGUACUUAGGCUAGAUAAAAAGACAAAAAAAUGCCGGGUUGUAUUUGAUGGGUCUAUGAAAACAAGUACAAAAACAUCUUUGAAUGAUUUAUUACUUAAUGGUCCUGUAGUACAAAAGGAGCUGGUAGAUGUCUUAAUGCUAUUCAGAGUUGAUGAAUAUUUUUUUAUAACAGACAUCAAAAAUAUGUUUAGAAAUAUAAAUAUACAUUUAACACUUUCGUCUGGAGAGACUCUCCAGACGAAAGUGUUAAAUGUAUUCAAUUAA